GGUCUGACUGGAUGUAAACAAAACCUGUUUCGCCUAUAUUUAGCAAUAUUUGAAUUAUAAUGUAUAUAUUUUAGCGCUUUUUUUUAUCAGCCAGAAUGUGCACCGACAGGGGAGCAGAAGGUGGUGUUUAAACGGCUCCCCGGUAUGUCCGCUCGGACGCUGCAGCAGCUCGUAGCCGCCGCUGCCUCUCUUCACCCGGAUAGAGCAGCGGUCACAUACAGCGGCUCGGCGUCCGGAGCUCCGGUGACUCUGCUCUACAGAGAUGUGGCUCAACUCGCCGAUGAACUCUCCGGUGUUCUGCGGAAGAAUUGUUCUGCCAAUAACGGCCUGAUCGGGCUGUACGGCGGCGAUGAUGUUCUCAUACCGGUGUGGAUUCUGGGGAUCCUGCAGUCAGCUGCUGCUUACGUCCCACUGGACCCGGAAGCUCCCGGGUUUCUGUCUGCCAGAGUCAUGAAGCAAUGUGGCCUCAAGUACUGUGCUGUAAAGACGGACCUGCUGCAGCAAUUCCAGACAGCUCUCAUCAAACACAUAACCGUGGAGGUUUAUGUGGAGUUGACCAAGUUCAAACUGACCCUGAUACGGAUCGAGCCGCUGCCGGUCGCUGAGGAUGAACAAGGCUCGAGAUCUCAGACAUCGGAGGACACAGCUGUGUUAAAACAGGAUGCUGGCUGCAGAGACUUGGCCUACGUGUUGCACACAUCUGGAACAACAGGCCUCCCUAAAACCGUGAGGGUUCCACACAAGUGCAUACUCCCCAAUAUACUGCAUCUGAGAUCUUUGUUUCAGAUGUGUUCAGACGAUGUGGUUUUCCUCGCUUCGCCUUUAACUUUUGACCCGUCUGUGGUGGACAUUUUUCUGGCGUUAUCAUCGGGGGCUCGGCUCCUCAUUGUCCCUGCUGUGAUCAAGAAAAUACCCAAUCGACUGGCUAAACUGUUGUUUAAAGAUCACAAGACGACUGUUCUACAGGUCACACCCACUCUGCUGCUGCGUUUCGGCCAUCGUAUUCUGAAACAGGACGUGUUCUCUUCUGGCUCCUCGCUGCGGGUGUUGGCUCUGGGUGGAGAAGCUUGUCCAUCACCAGCUCUGCUGAGGAGCUGGAGACAUGAGGACAACAAAACCCACAUCUACAAUAUCUACGGGAUUACUGAGGUUUCCUGCUGGGCCUGCUGCUACAAAAUACCAGAGUCUCUGCUGCAAUCCAACAACCACUCAGUGUGCUCUGUGCCUCUUGGGGCUCCUCUGAUGGACACAGUGGUGGAAGUCAGAGAUGAACACGGCUGCCGAGUUACAGAGGGUGAAGGACAAGUGUUCAUAGGUGGCAAGGACAGAGUGUGUCUCCUGGACGAUGAGGAUGCUGUUGUUGCCGGGACGAUGAGAGCUACUGGAGACUGGGUGACUGUUAAAGAUGCUCAGCUGUACUACCAGGGGAGGAAAGACAGAAUGAUUAAACGCAACGGAAAACGGGUGAACUUGCACAGCUUGCAGCAACUCAUGCUGAGUCUGCCUCAGGUGGAGGCCUGUGCCGUGGGUCUGCACGAAGGCUUCCGGCUUCUAGCCUUCAUUGUUGCAUCCACAUCUGGAGACCAGAGCGCAGCGUCUACCCCCUCAUCUGUGCAGCAGCGUGCAGAACAAACCCCCUCUGCUUUAGCUGAGCAUCAGGAAAAGCUGCCCUCUUCUGCUGAACACCACCUGGUCGAGACCGUCGACACAGACGGAGAUCUGAAGAGGUUCAUUCUGAGCCAGCUGUCUCUGCUGCUGCCUCCUCACAGCGUUCCCGACACUCUGGUGCUCGUCCCUGCAUUAAGUUUGACUUCUCAUGGCAAAGUAGACAUGGAGGUACUUAUGAGAAUAUAUGAGAGACAGAAGCAGCCUUUAGAGUCCUCAUGGGGAGAUGUCAGCAAACUAAAGGAUUCUCUUCAGGCUUUGUGGCAGGAUACUUUAGGUCUCGGUUCAGAUGCGACGGUUGACGAGGAAUCCAACUUCCUGUUCAGUGGAGGAGAUUCUCUGAAGGCGCUGCGUCUCUGUGAAGACAUCCUCUCUGCCGUGGGAGUCACCUCACCAGAGCUUCUGGAGGUUAUCCUUGACGGGACUUUCACUGACGUUCUGCGCCAUGUUGCCAAACUAACACCGAUGCUUCCGUUGGAGAGCAUCCCCUCACCACCGCCUGAGGCCAAGAAACGACUCACUGAUUCUCCCUCAGUGGUUCCAGCGAAGAAACAGCGCAAAGACUCCCCAGCAGUCGAAAGACUACAGGUGGAGAAACGGGCCUUUAAAGUUGUAAGACGAGCAGGCGAGAUGAUAGAACUUAACUUCAGGCAAACAGAAGCUAAUAAAUACUUGCCAUCUGACAAACUUGGAGAAAAUAAUUCCAGCAUGAAACGUCUGAGUCUCAGUCUGAGCUGGUCCUCGGACACAGGCAGAUGUGUGGAUGCUUCCCCGGUGCUUCUGGUAGAAGAUGGAACAGAUCAGAGUUCAAAAACAACAGUGUUCAUCGGAUCACACUCCCACAGGAUGCAGGCUUUGGACCUGGUCACCGGGAGCCUUCUGUGGGAGCGAGUUCUCGGGGACAGAAUCGAGGCCUCAGCUGCCGUGUCUCGCUGCGGAACUCUCGUUAUUGUGGGUUGCUACGAUGGUUGUGUCCAUUUCUUGUGCUGCAAAUCUGGAAAGACGCGGUGGACAUUUGAGACGGGAGAUGCAGUGAAGAGCUGUCCUGCUGUGGAUCCUCUCACUGGCCUGGUUAUAGUGGGCUCACAUGAUGGCCAUGUUUACGCCCUGAACCCACAGGUUCGACGGUGUGUUUGGAAGUGUCACUGUGGUGGCGGAGCUGUGUUUUCCUCUCCACACCUCCACUCAUCUCACAGACGGCUGUACGUGUCGUCGCUGGGAGGACGUCUGCUCUGUCUCGACCCUGACAGCGGAGACGUCUUGUGGUCGUACUGUAGAGACGUCCCUUUUUUCUCGUCACCCAACAGCUGCUCCGCUCACGUUGUCAUCGGCUCGGUGGACGGAAACAUCUGCUGCCUCAGCAACACGGGCAAACUGCUGUGGCAGUUUCAAACAAAGGCUCCGGUCUUCUCGUCUCCGUGCGUCACUCCAGACCAGCAGAGGCUUCUGUGCGGAUCACAUGACGGCCACCUGUACUGUCUGAACUGUGCAGACGGCUCUUUAGUUUGGACUUUUCAGACCAAAGGGAAGGUGUACUCCUCUCCGUGCGUGUUCGACGGCUCUGCUGCGGGCAGGACGGGGGCUCUGGUGGGCCUGGCCUCCACAGACGGCACAGUGUGGAUCCUGGACGGACAAAACGGACAAAUGCUGGCCUCGCUUGCUCUGCCUGGAGAGCUGUUCUCAUCCCCGGUGGCGUGGGAACAGUCGCUCGUAAUCGGGUGCCGUAACGAUUAUGUGUACUGUUUAAAACUGACUGCCGAAGAGGAAACCUAAAAGGAUUUAAUGUGUCUUCCUCUGCUCUGGUUUUCAUAAUAAACACUGUUUCUGUGUCAGAGCAGGGAGGCUGCUUUGGGAAAUCAGAUUUUAAUUAAGGGUUUAGGAUGUAGAACAGAGAAAUAAUGAACCCACGGUCCUGUGGUUCAGACAUCAGUAUUUAAUUUACAUUAUUCAUAACAUUUUGUAUCUCUUUAAGAAUUUUCUCAUGAAUAUCUCUAAGUGGGACAAAAAAGUGCAAAUAAUACCAAACAUUUUUUUUUUGUUGUUGUUACAUAUAACACUGCGUACACUACACUAUUGUGCACGACCAAAGUUAGAAACGAAAUGACAAAGUGACUUCUUUCCGACCGCAGCUCUGGUGACGCCUUCGACUUACAUACAGUACAUACUUAAAUACAUACAGAUCAUUAAAGUGAGUGUCUGGAAAUAAGAAUGGAUCUUUUUUUUUUUCGUUCAUAGAGGAAAUGCUUAUGUAAGAUCACAUUUAAGAGGAAGUGAUGGCCUACAAACACAAGUGUGUUACAGGAGGACAGCUACAAGAAUCGUAGGUUACAGCAAGCAGGUGUUGCAUCUGUCUCCAUAAGCAAAGCAAAAAAAA